AUGUCUAAGCUAACGGCCCCCUUUCACAAUAUCUUCUCACAUCGGAACACCUCGGUGACACCGUCAGCGGAUGUAACUCCAAUCUCUAGUGAUGAGCAGCAAAAAUAUGGCGAGACGACGUCCGAUGAGGCCCCUGAAGCAGAUGCUAUUCUCCACCCGGGAGAGCUGAACUUCGAUGAAGCCACUUCUGGCGGUUUAGGCCGUCACCUAGGACUACGUUGA